UACAGAAUAAGAGGAAUUGAAAGUUUUGGCCAUGACAUGUCACAUGUUAUACGAGUAAAAAGAUAAAACACAUGACCAAAAAAAAAGAACAAAUAAAAGCCAAUACACACACACACUUACCAUAGCAAUGUAUAUGGCUAACUGGAAAUGUAUUAUAGAACAGCUGUCCAUGAAAAUAAUAGAAAACAAGCAACAACAACAUUUUAAAUUUGGGGCAAGCAUGCAACCUGUAGUGCUUUUGCUUCUUGGGAUCCAUCUUGCAUUUGCUGGUCAAAACACAGCUUUUUCCCACAAUCCAGUGACACAGGGCAGUCAGUCUGUUCACCAAUAGAAAAUACAGAUAUAUUCCAAAACAAACAAUAAAGGAUAAUAUGAUAAUAUGGAUCCAAUAAAACAUAAACAGUUACGGUGGUAAGGUUUUUGUAAUGGGGAACCCACUCUCUUCAAUACCUCUACACCCUGGUUUCUGGAGACAUUAAUAUCCCAGAGUUCACAGUGGUUGGUCUGCUCGAUGAGGAACAAUUUAUGAACUUUGACAGGAAGACAAUGAAAGUUGUCCCAAAGACAGACUGGAACAAUGCAGAUCAAUGGGACAGACAGACUCAAAUUGUUCUUGGUCACUAUCAGGAAUACAACUACAACAUGCAAAUGAUAAAGGAUGUAUUUGAUCAUUCCAUGUCAAAAGGAGUUCACACUCUGCAGGUGAUGUACGGUUGUGUGUUGGAGGAUGAUGGUACCACUCGAGGAUACUAUCAGUUUGGUUAUGAUGGAGAAGAUUUUAUCAGCUUUGAUAAAAACAACCUCACUAAUAUUGCUGCUAAUCCUCAAGCUGUUAUCUUUAAGAAAAAAUUGGAUCUUAAUAGAGCUAAGGCACAAUACUGUAAAGCAUACCUGGAGAACACAUGCAUUGAGCGUCUGAAGAAAUACGUGAGCUACAACAAAGACACUCUGGAGAAAAAAGCUCCAUCUCAGGUGUCUCUAUUGCAAAAGAACUCCUCAUCUUCAGUUAUAUGCCACGCUACAGGUUUCUACCCUAGACACAUAACAAUGACCUGGAUGAAAAACCAUGAAGAGCUUCAUGAGGAUGUGGAGGUCAGUUCAACUUUACCAAAUGCAGAUGGAUCGUUCCAGAAGAGCAUCAGUCUCUCAGUCAAUCCUGAGGAGUGGAUGAAUAACCCAGAUGUCUACAGAUGUGUAGUUCAACACAUGGAAACCGAAAAGGAAAUCAUUGUCUCUUUGAUUAGAAGCACAAUCAGGACCAAUAAACGCAAUGAUGACGACAUCAUUGCAGUUGUUGGAUGGGUGGCUCUCUGUGGUGUCUUAAUUAUCAUAACUGGACUCAUUUUGUGGAAAAAGUCCUGGCAGUUUAUAAGCAUAUUAAACAGGUUAUGUAAAGGGCAGGAGUAAGUAGGGUUGUAUGGUCUACUGGUGCUACUGCACUGUAAAAAAAUAUUUUACUGCCUUAAAAUUUUUUGUUGAAUCAACUUACUAUUAUUAAUCUUGACUAGUGAUGGGUUGUUAUAACUACAGAUGAGUUGUUAUAACUUAUAAAAUAUAGUUGAAAAAGUCAACUUCAUUUUAUAAGUUGUAACAACUCAUCUCUUGUCAAGAUAAAUAAUAGUAAGUUGACAAGACUGAAAAAAAUUUAAGGC